AUGGUAGAAUCAGACUCUAAAACUAAGGGUAGCUCCAUGGUAGAAGCAGACUCUGAAACUAAGGAUAGCUCCAUGGUAGAAACAGAGUCCAAUACUAAGGAUAGCUUUGUGGUAGAAUCAGACUCUGAAACUAAGGAUAGCUCCAUGGUAGUAACAGACAAUGAAACUAAGGAUAGCUCCAUGGUAGUAACAUACUCUGAAACGAAGGAUAGCUCCAUGGUAGAAACAGACUCUGAAACUAAGGAUAGCUCCAUGGUAGAAACAGACUCCAAUACUAAGGAUAGCACCAUGGUAGUAACAUACUCUGAAACUAAGGAUAGCUCUAUGGUAGAAACAGACUAUGAAACGGACUCCAAUACUAAGGAUAGAUUUGUGGUAGAAUCAGACUCUGAAACUAAGGAUAGCUCCAUGGUAGUAACAGACUAUGAAACGGACUCCAAUACUAAGGAUAGAUUUGUGGUAGAAUCAGACUCUGAAACUAAGGAUAGCUUCAUGGAAGAAGCAUACUCCAAUACUAAGGAUAGCCCUGUGGUAAAAGCAGACUCUGUAACGAAGGGUAGCUCCAUGGUAGUAACAGACAAUGAAACUAAGGAUAGCUCCGUGGUGGGUCGGGAGUAA